UUACAAGUAACAAUGCAAAAAUCAAAGCAAAACCAAUCACAUGGCACACCACCCCAUUCUCCCUGUCUUGUCAUCCUGUCCUCUUCAUCUUCUAACGGCUGCUGCUUUCAUCCAUCAUCAUCAUAUCAUCCUUCAUUCACUGCCCUCCAUCUCCAUUCCCACCCCCAUGUCCAAAUCCAAACUCACCACCACCACCACCACCACCCGGUGGCUUCCUCCCAAGCUCCUUAUCGCCGCCCUCUCCACCACCCUUCUCCUCAUUUGGGUCAUUGACACCUCCACCCUCCACUUCCCUCCCCGUCCUCACCCUCCUCACUAUCUCGGCACCUUCUCCCCUCUCAACACCACCAUCACCACCGCAACCAUCACAACCACCAGUGCCCACACUUGGCUCUCCAUUCCAUUCCCUCCAAACUACACAUCCACUCUCAUCUCUCGCUGGCUCUCCUCCGACGACUCCCGCACCACCUCCAUCUUCAUCCCGGGCCUUGAUGAUGACACUGUUCCCAAUAUCAAACUUCUUGCCGGAAAAGUCCAUGAGUUUCUCAUCCUAGCUCUUGAUGACUCCGGCCAACCUCGCUCUUUCGGCGGCGACUACUUCGAGACCGACCUCUCCAGCCACUCCUGGAAAUCCCGCCCACCCGUCACUGACCUUGGCAACGGCACUUACUCAUUCCAGCUCCAAAUCCACCCAAAUUUCUCCGGCACUUUCAACUUCACUGUCGUCCUUCUUUUCCGCAGCUUUGAAGGCCUCAAGUUCUCUCCCCAGCGAUUCAAAUUCCACAAACAACUCAGGAACAUCAGAAUCGAUUUCUAUCGAGAAGAAGAGGAGACGUCUUCACUGUCACCAUCAAUGGAGCUCUGCAAAGGUAGUGACUUUUUUAGAGAAUUGUGGACAGGGAGGUGGACACGCCAUGGGAAGAGGAUGAACUCAAGCUCUCCGAGCUGUGACGUUGAUGAUUCUGGCAGGUACCGGUGCUUAGAGCUGGAUUUCCCGUGCGAGACGCCGUGGUGCAACGGGCCCAUCGGCGCGCUGGAGAGCGAUGGCUGGGUCUACUCUGCUCACUGCUCGUUCAGGAUUUUCACUCAAGAUUUAGCUUGGAAUUGUCUUGAUCGCAAAUGGCUCUUCUUCUGGGGAGACUCUAAUCAUGUUGAUACUAUUCGGAAUUUACUCAAUUUUGUUCUUGGAUUGCCUGAAAUCAAAUCUGUGCCUCGGAGAUUUGAUUUGAGAUUUGCAAACCCCAAGAAUCUGUCUCAGACUGUGAGGAUCACUAGCAUUUUCAAUGGGCAUUGGAAUGACAGUAUGAAUUACUUAGGACUGCAAUCUCUGAAGAAUAAGGAGUUCAGGGAGUUGAUUUGGAAGUAUUUUUUGGAAGAUCAAGUACCUGAUGUUCUGAUUUUGAAUUCUGGAUUGCAUGAUGGAGUUUACUGGAGUAGUAUUCGGGCGUUUGUGGGCGGGGCUGAGUUUGCAGCCGGGUUUUGGGAUGAGAUUGUUAGGCAUGUGAGGAUGAAGAGAAAUGAUACUAGAGUUUUCUAUAGGACGACGAUCGCAACCGGAGGGUAUGCUAGAGACAUGGCAUUCAAUCCGAAUAAGAUGGAGGCUUUCAAUGGUGUGUUCUUGGAGAAGCUCAAGGAGAAGGGUUUGUUGAAUGGAGGGGUGAUUGAUGAUUUCGAUAUGACUUUCCCUUGGCAUUUUGAUAACCGUUGUAAUGAUGGUACGCAUUAUGGACGGGCUCCGGCGAAGGCACGGUGGCGGGAUGGGUUGGUUGGGCAUCAGUAUUUUGUCGACUUGAUGCUUGCUCAUGUGCUGCUGAAUGCUGUCUGUGUUCAUUGAGAAGGUACAUUGUAAAAGAUAACAAUGAAAAUUCUUUUUCCCUAUACAGAGAUUUGAAUUUGUAAUGUAGAGAUUUGAGGCACAAAUGAAUACCACUUUUUCUGACUUGAUCA